CCAAUCGAAUAGCAAGGAGAAAAGUCAUGCCACAUUUCUAAAAGUUAUAAAAUUCUUUUUUUUUUAAAGUCGCCGGCGACGACAUAGAGAGAAGAACCUCACUGCAACCAGAGAGAGAGAGAGAUGAAGGUUGUGGCUUUAGUGAGUGGCGGCAAAGAUAGCUGCUAUGUGAUGAUGAAGUGUCUCCAAUACGGUCACGAGAUCGUUGCAUUGGCAAACUUGUUACCGGUUGAUGAUUCGGUUGAUGAGCUGGACAGCUACAUGUAUCAAACUGUAGGCCACCAGAUUAUUGUGAGCUACGCAGAAUGCAUGAAUGUGCCAUUGUUCAGAAGGAGAAUCAGAGGUUCUUCCAGGCAUCAGAAACUAAGCUACCAAAUGACUCCAGACGAUGAAGUGGAAGAUAUGUUUGUGUUGCUAAGUGAAGUUAAGAGACAGAUACCUUCCAUCACUGCAGUAUCUUCUGGCGCCAUUGCAUCUGAUUACCAGCGUCUGCGUGUGGAGAGUAUUUGUUCAAGGUUAGGUCUUGUUUCUUUGGCGUUUUUGUGGAAACAAGACCAGACUUUGCUUCUUCAGGAAAUGAUAGCUAAUGGGAUAAAAGCUAUUUUAGUCAAGGUGGCGGCAAUAGGGUUGGAUCCCUCUAAGCAUUUAGGGAAAGACUUAGCCUUCAUGGAACCACAUCUUUUGAAGUUGAAAGAGUUAUAUGGAAGUAAUGUUUGCGGUGAAGGAGGAGAAUAUGAGACUUUGACUCUCGAUUGCCCACUUUUCACUAAUGCGAGAAUCGUGCUCGAUGAAUUUGAAGUUAAGCUACAUUCUCCAGAUUCUAUUGCACCUGUUGGAGUUCUUCAUCCAACGAUCUUCCAUCUCGAAAAGAAGGGAAAUACAGACUCUAAUUCUGUUGAAGAGGAGCCAGGAUUGGUGUUUGAGGUUCAAGGAGAUGGUCCUAAUACAACAGAAGCUACUCGCCAAGUAGAUAAUGGAAUCGUUGAUCAUACAAGAACCAGAGUUAACUUAUCAAAGACCGGGAAAGACAACACAUUCUCCAUUUGCUGCUGGCUGGAAGAUUCUAGUGAAUCGUCAACAGGUCUGAAACAAGAUCUUGAGUCUGUUCUCACGGAAAUUGAGUCACAGCUUUCAAAACAUGCAUUUAACUGGAAGAAUGUCUUGUACAUUCAUCUUUACAUCUCUGAUAUGAGUGAAUUCGCCGCGGCGAAUGAGACAUAUGUGAAGUUUAUCACACAAGAGAAGUGCUUUUUUGGUGUUCCUUCUCGUAGUACAAUAGAGCUUCCUUUGGUACAAGCUGGUCUUGGUAAAGCCUACGUUGAGGUUUUAGUCGCCAAUGAUCACAGCAAAAGGGUUCUCCAUGUACAAAGUAUCUCUUCAUGGGCACCAAGCUGUAUUGGACCUUAUAGUCAGGCUACUUUGCACAAGGGUGUUCUUCACAUGGCUGGACAGUUGGGGCUUGACCCUCCAACGAUGAAUCUUCGAAAGGAAGGCGCAGUUGCUGAGCUGAAUCAAGCAUUGACGAACAGUGAGGCAAUAGCAGAAGCUUUUAGAUGCUCCAUCACUUCAUCAGCUAUUCUCUUUGUGGUGUUCUGUUCUGAACGCACACAGCAAUCAGAGAGGAACCAACUUCAUGAAAAGUUUGUUUCCUUCUUGGAUUUGGCAAAGUCUUCUUGGAGAGUAUCCAAUGUCAUGGAUCCUAUUUUCCUUUACAUCCUUGUCCCUGAUCUUCCCAAAAGUGCUCUUGUUGAAGUAAAACCUGUCUUAUACGUUAAAGAAGAUUCAGAGGAUGAUGAUGAAACCAGGAAAGAUCAAUUGGGUGAAGGAGACUUCAGUUGUUGGGGAUAUAAGCCAGAGAAAUGGCACCAAGAUUGUCUGCAGACACGAGUUGUUGAUGGGAAAAUAUGUGUGAAUGUGCUCUCCAUCUCGGCUGAAGUGAUGAAGAAGCUUGAUGAGCCUUCCGGAGAUGAAGAACAACAACUGAAGAGAGUAUCGAGAUUCUGUGUUUAUCUUCUCAACAAAACCUUGUCUGAAAAUUCAUUCUCUUGGCAAGACACCACGAGCUUAAGAAUACACUUCUCUACAAGUCUUGGUGUGUCCGUAGAGAGGUUAUCCGACAUUUUUGAAACUGCAUUCAAAGUGCUAAACGAGAUGAGUGGCGGAGUUAUAUUCAACGGCCUGAAAGAACCUAUAUUCAAUCUGGUUCCGGUCCUUGGUGCUGGAAACUCUUCUGCUUCGCUUGACAACAUUAUCACAUGUGAACUAUUCUCCCUAAGGUCAUAACCUUCCUUAUCUCACAAGGAACACAAGCUUUGCUUUUCUUGAUUUUUAAGCCGGCUCUGCUCUUCAAUGGGUUUCCACUGAUGACGUUUAUUUGCAAUGGGGAACGGCAUUAAUAUUUUGGACAGAAUCAUUUUUCUUUGGAAGUCUUGUUUUACUUAUGGAAGAACAACACGUAGUUGUUCUGUUUCAAAUGAAAACACAAUGAUGUUUGUUUGUGAACUAAGGAAAAGAAAAACAUGUUUGCUUUC